CGACAUUAGGGCGCGCCACUGUGCAUCAACACCAUGGCGAAAGUGAUGAUUUUCGUGUGAUUAGUUUUCUAUUUUCUACACGAUUCCGCCUUACUUUACUUGUUUAUUUAUUGAAAGACGCAAUAGAAAGUUAAAACGUGAGUGCCCUAAUGAUUUAAAUUCUUUAUAUUGUGUUAUAUGUGAUAGUGUCUGCGAUAUAAGUUGUAACGAACUCUAGGAUCACUUUUUGGAAUUCAGGUGUCAACGAGGAUGAUAUUCUUAUUAACUACAACAGCUUGUUGCUGAACCUCGAAGAUAUUUCACACGGUCAUCUCUCCAAUGAAGUAGAAAAAAAUAAAAGAUGCAGCGGCUGUAAGCUGCUAAGCAGGUGGUGUCUCGCCAUGCAGCGCGCGGGUGGGAGCAGGGCCGGAGCGCCAUGAGCCAUACGCCCGUCGGCGGCCACCCGCAAGGUUGGGAGCACAAGCUUGCCGACAGGGCGUCGCUGCCGCCCGCGUCGGGCGAGGAGAGGAGGCCGCACAAACAUGUGUUCACACACCCGCACGUGCCCAAAGGCGGCGUGUACCGCGAGGAGACGGAGGGCUCGUCGGCCAGCUCGGCGCGGUCGCCCGCCUCGCCGCCCUACCUGCGCUGGGCUCGCACGCUGCACGCUCUUCUCGAGGAUGAGGAGGGCGUGCGUCUGUUCCGCUCGUUUGUCUCCGGAGCCGGCAAGCUGCACACGGACCGGCUCGACUUCUACUUCGCCGUGCUGGGGCUGCGCCAGGAGACCGAGCAGCCGGCCGUCAGGCAGACCGUUGCGGUUAUAUACAAAUUCCUGCGCAAGUCCCAGCUAGCGAUGCCGGAGCAGCUGAAGGCGCAGGUCAAGCAGGCGCUCAAGGACGGCAGCUACAUCGACCGCACCAUCUUCGAUGAUAUGGAGCAGGAGGUGACUCGCGCCAUCACAGAGUCGACCUACCAGGCGUUCCUUCGCUCCGAGGCGUAUGUCUCGUACGUGAGCGCGUCCACGCAGCCGCUGUCCAGCCGCGACGCCUCGCCGCCCGCGCUCGUCGGGAAAGAUACGCCGGCGCCGGGUCUGGCCACGCUCCACGAAGGUCAGGAGUUGGGGUCAGCGCCGGCGAGACUCACGCACGACGCUCUACUCGCCACGCAGUCGCGCCGCCUGCACUCAGAACAAGCACCUAAGGGGUCGUUCGGGCGCUCUCGCUCGGUGUACUCGCAUGCGCCUCACCUGUCGUAUGCGGGCUACUGCACGACUUCACGGCAAGACUCCGAGCGAGCCAGUCUCAGCAGCGGGCGGACCGAUAGUGAUGCUAUAUCGCUUUCUGGUAGCAGUGUUGACGGCAUGUCGCUGCGGCGCGAGGGGCGCGAGUCGUCGCGUCUGCGCGCGCGCCUGCACGGGCCCGCGCCGCUCAACAAGGAGAUGGACUCCUCCAUGGUGGUGAUCCCGCGCACGCAGCGCAUGCAGUCGGAGCAGCUGCGCGUGCUGCCGCCGGCCGAGUUCGCGCCGCUGCUCAUAGAGCGGCUGGAGCGAGUGAAGCGCGAGCAGGACAGCCACGACCGCCUCGACCGACGCCUGGCCGAGGGCGACGGCGAGGACGCGUCGACGCAGGCGCUGCCGCCGCAGCUGGUGGCCGCCGCCAUCCGGGAGAAGCUGCAGGUGGACGACGACAACGACCAGGACAUACUGGACCAGCACGUGUCGCGCGUGUGGUCGGAGCGCACGCCGGGCGGCUCGCCUCCCCCCCGCGCCCGCCGCCGCGCCCCCUCCGCGCUCUCCGCAGACUCCGGCCACCACUCCGACCCGUACCACCAGCCGCGCCGAGGGUCCAGCAAGAAGACGGGCACGUCGCUCACGACGGACAGCGGCGUCUCCGUGGUGAGCUCGCGCACGUCGGCCAGCGUGGAGCCGCGCGUGCUGCUGUGGAUGGCGCAGACCAAGCCCGCCAAGCCCACAAGGAACAAAACAUCAGGCGGCAGCAAGUCCUCAGGCAGCGGCAGCAACACCAGCGACGCGCCGUGCACGGUGGUGGUGAUGACGUUCCUGGACGAGGCCGUGCCCUACCGCAUCAAGGUGCCCGCCAGCCCGCUCACGCUCAGGGUCUUCAAGGAGUACUUGCCUAGGAAGGGGAACUACAGAUACUUCUUCAAAACGGAGUGCGCGGACCUCGACAACACGGUGAUCCAGGAGGAGGUGAGCAACGACGGCGACGUGCUGCCGAUGUUCGAGGGCAAGGUGAUGGCGCGCGUGAAGAGCGUCGAGUGAGCCGUGGCCAAGCGCCACCGCUGCGCCCACUGCCGCCCUCUGGUGGUAGAAGACAGGAACUACAGUGCAGACUGCCCUCUGCCGCCAGACGACGGGAACUACAGUGCAGACAGCCUGGCGGACAUUCUGCGCAGAGUUAAAUUGUUGAUUUGUGAGUGAGAAAAGUUUUAUGGACUUAUUUGAACUAUGCCGCAUUCAUUAUGCCCGACUUUUAUGUUUGAGUUUAAGGUGACAAGUGAGUUAAAGGUUUCCGUCUGAACGUAAUAUUUUGUUUACCGUCGUCGUAUAUUGUAAAAUAAGAUAACCGACAAUUGUAUAGUGAACUAAAUCCUUGUACUGACAACUAACUGGUUAGCUUAUGAAUGGAGGAAACAUUAAACGUUCAACGAGACGCGGAGGCGCGCGAUGCUCCUAGAAUUAUUUAAAUUAUUUAUUUAACGUUUAAGAUUGUUAGUUAUGAAUAUUAAUGAAACUGUAUAAAUACAAUUCUGUUCCUGAAUUUCUCUUUUAGUUUAUACAUAUUUAACUAUUUUUUUACUUGCGCCUGAAUCGGGCGACGCUUACUAUGUGUAUGAUAUUUUUAAGCCAACAUUUAGUUUGCAGUAGAUUUUAAAAUCUAAUCUAGUGUUAUUGAAUGACUGCUUAGUUUUUAUAAUUUGUUUAAAGAUACCUUGAGGUAAUAUUGACGUGUUCUGUUUAGAUGAAUGUUUAAUGUGGUUGAAGAAUGUUGGACGAAGAAAAUAUUAUAUUUAUCUUGAAGAAACCGAUCCCAAGGAAAUUAUAUGGAGACAGAGACACUUCAGAUAGAUAUUAUAUUUUCUACGUCUCGCCAUCAGUUUCGAUUUAAAAAGCUAUGUAAACCUUCCAACAAUGCAUACUGGGAUCUCAAUCAAUAAUGUAAUUAAUUAAAUGAAAAUAUUUCCGUUCUUCAGCUGUGAAUACAAAUUACAUAGUCUCCGCCAUGUAUUGUUAGUCUCACUGUCUCAGCAAGCAAUUCGAUAAUUAUAAUCUAUUGUACAUUAAACUAUUGCCAUCCGAUAAACUUACACUUGCUUGUUGAGACAGUACUUCAGAAUCCUUUUUGUGAAAUAUAUUAUGAUAAAACACAUUUCUCCCUUUUGUUUACUUACAUACAUAACAAAAAUAAUUUCUUUUACAUAAAAGGUUCUGAAGAAAAACCUUACCUUUAGUUCUGCGUGCCAUAAACACAGCAUUUUGCAGGUUUCAUGUUUCAGAUUGUAUCUAAAAUAUUUUGUUUCUUAUUACCAUUAAGUUACUUAUUAAUAUUUUACUUAUGCUGUGUUUACUGCACGCAGAACCAAAGCAUUAGUACUUAGUAGUUGAUGGAAUGUAAAAUAUGAAUGUUUUAAGUUAGUAUGAAUAUUGAAAAGUCCGAUCCACAAUGCAUAGAACGGUGGAAAUAGGAAUGUAUGUUUUGCUACAACAUGUGCCGAGUAUCACCGCAUUGUUUUUUAAACGUUUAUUAUUAUCUUUUUACACAGAAUAUUAAUUUAGUUGAACUUUAAUCCGAUCAAUAAGUUCUCAUUUGUUUUCCACUUUCAGAUUGUGAUUCGUAGCUAUAGUACGUUUCUUAUUUACUUCGCCACAAUGUCUUCUACAUAAUUAUUAUCUGUCUUCCAAAGCUUUACUAGCUAAUAUUUAAAUUUUUACACAUCUACAAAUAUCUGUUUUACUUGGUUGUUGUGGGUAUUUGUGCUGGUGAUGCGAGUCACGGUUGUAGCGGGGCGUAGGUCGGUGGUCUGGGAAGAUGCACGGAUGUAAUGGGUGCGAAAUCAUGUGCCUUUAAUAAUGAUAAAGUUUUCUAUAGUUGAUGCUUCUAAUUAGUUUAUAAGUUAACAAAUUGUAAAUACUAGAAUACGCUGUUUCGGUUCGAACUUUUUAUAAAUAUUUAUAAUUAAUUAAAUCAAUAUAACUUUUUAGGUUUUGCCGCAACCGAGAGGAAUGAUAAGUUUCUUUUAUUUAUUGAAGACGCUUAUGACGCGAUAGCGAUCCCAUAGCUAAUGUUAAUUACCUACUUGGUCAUAUUUUGUUUAUAAUUUUCUCAACGAAAUUACCUACUAGGUGCUUAGUUUUUCUAAGAUUUUAUACGCUGCCAUUGAUUUUAAUAAACUUCGCUUAGUUUCAAAAUAUUUGCAAUUCUUUUGUCAGCAAGACUUCUGUAAAAAAAUAUGGAUUAUAUUGUUUUUAAAUUUAUAUAAUAAAUGAAAUGUAAGGGCACUUUCGGUCCAUAUUAUAAUGUUAAAGUACUGCGUCCUGUCGACAUGUGCCGAUAAGGGAGCCAAGUUAAAAUUGCUUGUUAAAAUGAGAAUGUAUAAUAAAAUAUGUUUUCUAAGUUAGUAUAUGAUGUGCAAGCGCAAGAUAAGUAAUCGUUUUGUAUAAUAAAGUAAUUAAAGAGAUAUAUUGUCGUAUAUAGUAACAAAGUAUUACUUUCUGCAUUCAAUGUUAAUCGAAUGUAAUCCAGUGUUGGAACAAUAUUUUUAUUGCAAAAGAAUUCACUAAUCCGACUGUAUUUUGUUUUAUCUAGGACAUGUAACAUUUAAAAAAUAAACUGAAACUGUGCCAUAUG